AUGAACGACACUGCUUCAGACUGCGUCUAUGAUAUACCCACUCCCCUCUCCUACGGCGACUACAUGAAACCCGAACGUGCGCGACUCCGUGCUCGACAGCACUUCAAGGGCAACAAACAUCAAGUCGUUGGGCCAAUGUCACCUUCGGUUUUCAUGGACAAAUUUUGUCCUGUUAACGAGCUGAAUUCGCCGAACGCAUUCCAUAGACUGUCCAGUCGAGGCGCAUUCAAUUCCAUUCCAGCACAUGCCGAGACCAGCGCGGAGAUAUUCACCCCCUUGGCUGUAGCUCUUAACAAGAGCACGAAGCAUAAAUCCCGAUGCCCCGGCUUUACCUUCGAUAUUGCUGCCACAAGAACACUCCGCCAGGAUCGGCGCGGCUACAUGAAGCCUCACAUAUGCUGCUACACCCCGUCCAACUCGGAGACUGUAAGGGCUGCUGAAGUAUCGUCGCGCAUCGACCUUGGGUACGCCGAAUUCUUCAUCCACGUAUCCCCGGACCCCUCGCGCGACUUCUUCAGCGAUCCCCCAUCCGACCUCGCCGAUCGUUCUAUGCACGAGUUCCUUUCAAGUUCUUCUAGUCACCGCCGGCAGAGGUACAUCGAAGACGUCUUUGGCCAGCACAUGUCGUACGUCGCAGAGGUGUUCACCCGUCAACCUCGCAUAUUUGUGUUUUCGGCCAGCCUCCACGGCUCACGUGCAAGACUAUUCUUCUGGGACCGUGCGGGCUGCGUCGUCUCCGAAUCUUUCGACAUACGCAAGGAUCCCGACAUCCUCUGCGAGUUCCUUUGGCGAUUCUCCAACAGAGGCGAUAUAGGGCGCGGCCACGACGUAACGGUCCAACCUGCGCUGCCGGAGGAGGAGGAGUUGUUUCGGGAUGCGCUUCGCCUCUAUGCCGCCACUCAGAUAGGCGAAGGCGAGGACCUGGAGGAAGAAGUGAACCGCCAUUACGCGCCGGGCCAGAUCUAUGCGACAAGCAUCCUGCACCAAGGAUUUAGCUCCUGCGACGACAACACGCGGCGAUACGUCUUCUCCAGGCCGGUAGUUUGCUCGAAUGAGCUAUCGCCCCAUGGAACGCGCGGCUACUGGGCUGUGGACGUAGCGACAGAGACGAUUGUAUUCCUCAAGGACACCUGGCGAGAACUCACAUCAAAAACAGAAGGCGACAUCUUGCGCCGCCUGUACGACCUUGGCGUUCGCAACAUACCUUCGCUGGUCUGGCAGGGAGAUGUUCCAUGGGUGGUACGUUCUGCGGAUACGCGGCGGACACUUCUGCAAACGACACUGACAAACAGGCAUGAUACUUCCUCAUGGAGGUGUCCAGUAGAUGGAACACUGUCCGACGUCGCGACGCGUCGGCACUAUCGUCUGAUUCUGGGGACAGCUGGUCGGCCAUUCAGCACCGUACGUGGCACGAAGGAGCUUCUUCAUGCCAGCCAUGAUGUCUUCUCGGCGAUGCGAGACGCACUGGAGAAGGAUUCACGUGUUCAUCGGGACAUCAGCACUGGAAACAUCGUGCUGGUCACGGAAGAAGGCACGGAUGUACGCAAAGGAAUCCUUAUCGACUGGGAGCUUUCAUGUACGGUGGACGACGAUGGUAACGCGGAGGUGUAUGGACGAGCAGGAACAUGGCGUUUCAUGUCCAUCCGCAUUCUUGAUUGGGCAGAACCAGAUGAAGAAAGACACCGCUUCCAGGACGACAUGGAGUCCCUUCUUUGGGUGGUACUAUACGGCGCCCUCAUGUGGCAGCCGCACAACUACUCUGACGACACUCUUCGAGAUGUGAUGCGCGACUUCUUCGAUUCACGGAUAUGGUUACCCCUCAUGAAGACCUAUCGUGGCGGCGUAGCGAAGAACCUACAUGCUCUCAAUCGCGGGGCGCUUCCAGAUCUUAGGUUCGAUAGUGGUUCUCUACAACAGUGGUUCUCGAUGAUGAUGGCGUACCUUUCUCCGCUUCCGACCCACGCCAAGAAGCCCAAGGACAAAUGGACCGACCACGGCUUCAUUCACCAGUUCUGGACCGAAUUCCUCGACACCCCCACUUUGGAGACGGCGAAUCGCGUGGAGCACACGCCCACGGACAACACUCGGGCAAGCGAUGUGAGUUCGCGCGUAGCGUCAGAACAAUGGAAGACUCCGCCAUUCCCGAAGUACCCCGGCGUGGAGCGGACGCUCUCGCGCUCUCCUUCGCCAGCGAGAAGGGCCUCGACAAGAAAACGGGUACUCUCGACACCGCCGGCAAGUCAGUCUCGGCCCAACAUACCGGACAGUGCGCUGGGGACGUUGCCGCCACGACGCAGUGAAAGGCUUCGUGACCGUCCUACUUCUGGGGGAGUAAGGACGCGAGCUCGGAAGCGAUCAGCACGACAAUGA